AUGAAUAAUCAUGAACAUGAUGUUUUAACUUUAAUGAGUUAUUUAUCAUCGAGCGAAAGCGAUGACGAUGAAUUGAUUAAUUAUAUUAUAAAACAGCCUGUUAUAAGACCUAAGAUUUCUAAUUUUAUUUCUAAUGUUGUUCACUCAUACUCAGAUAAACAGUUUAAAGGCAGCUUUAGAAUGGAAAGAGCUACAGCAUAUUAUUUAAUAAAAACAUUUGAAGAUUCUUCAUUUUUCCCACAGCAGCAUAAAUAUGAACCUGGUAAAACUUCAGAAAACUAUAUUCUUUCAUAUAUUUGGUUUUCUGCAAACAAAUCAUGUUUACGAGAUGUGGCUGAACGUUUUGGUAAUGGUUUAACCACUCAAUUCCGUAUCAAUGAUAGAGUGAUGAACUUUCUGAUUGACAUUUCACCCAAAGUUAUAAAUUUUGAUGAAGGCAUUACUAAUUUAGCUAGGGAAUUUAAAAAGGUGUCUGGAAUGCCUCAUGUCAUUGGAUGCAUCGAUGGAACAUCUAUUCCUAUUCGAACACCAGCUCACAAAAUUAAAAGCACUUAUACAAAUAGGCAUGACAUGCCAUCGAUUACACUACAAGGAGUGUGUGAUUACAAAAAAAAAUUUAUCGAUGUAUUUACUGGAAUACCCGCAAAGAUCCACGAUGCCAGAGUAUUUGUUUUAUCUGAUUUAAGUAAAGAUCUACCAUCAAUGUGUGAAAAGAAGUACAAUUUACUUGGUGACGGAGCAUAUCCUAUUCGAGAAUGGCUACUUGUACCGUACAAAGACUAUGGAAGAUUAACUGAAUCACAGAAAACAUUUAAUAAAACAUUAAGUUCCACUAGAGUGCUGAUUGAAAAUACAUUCGGUCUUCUCAAGUCCCGCUUUAGGCAACUUUUGCAGUUGGAUAUACAUUCUGUCGACAAGAUAACUAAAUUCAUAAUAUCAUCAUGUGUACUGCAUAAUUUAUGUAUAGAUAUGGAUGACCAUAUUGAAUUGAGAGAUGAAGAAAAUGAAGAAUUACUCAAUGGACCUGACGACACAGUGUUUGAAACUGAUAUGUUACUAAAAAAAAAUGGUGAAACGAAACGAGAUGCUAUAAAAAAUAGCAUGCAAUAUCAAUAA